AUGCAUGUUAUCACCAUAUCAGAAGGGAAACAAAUACCUGAUCAAUUGCUCUUCUCUCUCGUCAUUCGGACGCUGCGGUUCUGUGACUUGUCCAAUCCGUUGACACUCCUUCCCUUUAACGAACGUCUAGACAAUUUCUCGGGAGCCCUGUCUAACUGGUUUAAAGCUGCUCUUCUGGAUCCCGCCUGGCCGGCACCACGUACCAACGCAAUUCGCUGUCUCAACGCUCUUGAAAAGAUACACACAACCGUUCACGCCUUAGAAAGCAAGACUGCAACGAAGGCAACUCGAAAACGUGUCGCCUCCUUAAUUUCACUCCUGUCGUCCUCUACUAAUUCCAUGAAUCGGCUCCUGGGUCCCUUCCAAAGCUAUCGCUAUCAGACCUUUGCAGAUUUGGCUAAGGGUUCCAACCCGGGUGUGGUGUGCUGUGGUGGCGUUGUGACUUCUCUACCAGCCGAUAGUGAACUCACAUUGAAUUUGCUUCUGGUGGAUGCGAUGGGUGCCUUCCUGGCUAUGCGCAUAUUCCAGAUUGGAAAGGGUUUAGGUCCCUCCACAAAAGAUGUGGUCGCGAUUCCCAACCCCAUUCUCGAACACUGCAUGAUCUCAGCGGACCUUAUUCGCCUUAUUCGUGCCUUCGAUGCCUGUGUUCGUGCUGAAGGCGCUGAAUCGGCCGAGGAGGAGGAUAGUGAAUUAGGGCAAGGCGACACCAAAGUCUUGGAUCUUGAUCAUUUGGAAUCUCUGCAUUUCCUCGUCCUACGGGUCUCUUCGCCUCAUAUGCUCUGUGUUAAUGGCAGUCGUGUUGGACGUGCAUGGACUGCGGCAGCUGUCCCUAAAAAUGUCUUUUUUUCCUCUACAUAG